AUGACUCUGGCCCUCGGUCCCGUUAUGAGGGGUGUCCAUGCGGCACUCGCUGGACGCAACUACCCCGUCAUUGUGUGGGGAGAGGAGGCCUUGAGGAAACUUGGGGCGAGAAUCCCGCCUGGAAUGGACCAUGAACUCAUGCUGGUGCUCGAGAGCGGCGACAUGGCGGACGCUGGCGCGCGGCUCCAAAAUGGGGGCUUCCAACACGUGCCCUGGUCGUUUGGGCUCGACGUCGAGCGCCGCACCCACAUGGAUGCCGAGACCAACGUCAGGAUCAUGAACGACUUUCACUCGUUUGAUAUGUGUUCCCAGCGCUACGUUUACAGGCCGGGGUGGAUCUCGGACUUUGAGGGAACGAUCAAGGUGGCCCUCAUCCCCGCGGCGUACGCUAAUAUUAGCCUUGCGAUGGACCCUGCGCAUGACUUUGAGGCAAUCUGCGGCUUCCACUGGCCGAAGCCUGGCAGGCUCAUGAUCAGCUUCAUCAAGACGCUGGUCACCGAGCCCAUGGUCGGCUCCUGGAAGCAUCUGCUGGCGAUGUGGGCGGGCUUCUGGCUGUACCAUGGGAAGAAGCUGCCAGAUACAAUCAUGGACAACUGCAACAACGGGCUGGCCAGGCGCUACUUUGAGGUCUGUAUCCGGCCCAUGCAGUUUGCCCAGCUUGAGCUUCCGGUGGGGAUGGAGCAUCAAUUUGUUGGUAUGUACAACCCAGAACAUUUUCGUUGA